UUCUAGUCAAAUAGGCCCCUUAAGGGUUCCGGAUCUCUGUGGUGGCAUUUUCUGUCUAGUGCGGCAGCAUGUGGCCACUACUACUACCAACCGCUCUGCUACUUUCAGUUUCUUCUGACAUUGGAGCUGGUCUCCAAAAGGCUGUGGUGAUCCUAGACCCUGAAUGGGUCAGCUUGCUCGAGGAAGACAACGUGACCCUCAGGUGCCAGGGCACCUACUCACCUGAGGACAAUUCUACCAAGUGGUUCCAUAAUGGAAGCCUCAUCUCACACCAGAGCGCCAACUAUUCCAUUAGAACUGCCAGAGUAAAUGACAGUGGAGAGUAUAAGUGCCAGACAGCCCUCUCCAUGCCCAGUGACCCGGUGAGACUUGAAGUCCAUAUAGGCUGGCUGUUGCUUCAGACCACUCAGCGGCCUGAGUUCCAGGAGGGGGACACCAUUCGGCUGAACUGCCACAGCUGGAAAAACAAACGUGUAUAUAAAGUCACCUAUUUACAGAACGGCAGAGGCAAGAAAUUUUUCCACGAGAAUACUGAAUUCCGCAUUCCAGAAGCUACACAAAAGGACAGCGGCUCCUACUUCUGCCGAGGGAUGAUUGGACAAAACAACAAGUCUUCAGAGACUUUAAGAAUCACCGUAGGAGGUGAGAGCUCUUCAGAACCUUUUAUGAGACAGGUGAUCCUGAGGCUUGCUGUCAACCGAAACUGGUGGCACCCCGCCGUGAAGACCGUCAGCAAGGGCGCCAACGCCUACUUCGAUAAGAACCCACUGAGGCUGAGAAAAGGGGAGCGCAAGAAGAUGAACGAAGCAAGAGCGUUUGUGAAAUCCGAAAUGGACGCUCUCUGA